AUGUCGCCUCAAUCUAACCCUCAGCGGUCGCCACGUAUGAACCACUCAUUGUCGUCUCCCUUCAUUGGCCCACUCUCUCCCUAUCCGACACCACAGCAUUAUCCUCAGCACCAGUCAAGUCCACAUCAAUCUCCGAGAUAUGAAAGCAACCUAAAGCAGCCAAUACCCCCCAAUAUGUUGCUCCCUGCUCCCUCCCUUUCAUCCACAUCUGUAUUCCAAGUAUUGUCUCCUCGGUCUUUUCCAUCUCCGUACUCCAGUGGUCAGCAUCCUAAAAGCCCCGCAUCCCAUCCUACCCAGCUAAAAAGCCCACAAAUGGGUAUUAGUCAGCGCUCCAUACCCAGCUCGCCACAGCGCUUCAUGAUGCUUCCUCCACAGACUGCCCCUACAAUGGCUUCAGCGCGACAGGCUAAAGCCAAUGGAGGUGCAGGCUCUAAACGCCGUGCCUCCUCCAGUGACAAGGUUGAUCAGGAGACACGUGAAAUGAUGCGUAAGGUAUCACAUUCGGCGAUUGAAAGGCGGAGACGUGAACGGAUUAAUGACAAGAUUCUGCAGUUAAAGUGCUUAGUACCAGCAUGCGUCGAUGAGGACCAUUUGCAUAAACUAUCCAUUCUGCAGAGCACUAUCGAGUACAUACAGUAUCUCAAGUCUGUUAUUCCAGAGUCUAUAGCCAAUGCAAAGUUUCAAAAAGCUACCAACAGCAACCCCAACAAUAAGACAACAGAUAUGUUAGAUGCUCUUAACAGUGCCAACAGUACGAUAUUUACACCCAUGAUGACUACAGGACUUGGCUACCCAUAUUCAAAGCGCGCUAGAACAGAGCAAGCAAUUAAUACACAGCAUAGUUCAUCUUCUGGCACUAUUCAUUCUCUCCCAUCUGUACCCAAAUCUUCUGUUGUACACGAUCCAAGGCGCGUCUCAGCUAGGCAGCCGUCCUCAGACGAAGAUGCCAAAGAUGGUUUGUUGCUUUUGUCUCAAAUGUCGUCUGGUGCACUAUCCACUACAACAUCGCCUAGCCUCGUGCCAGAGCUAGAGCCAGAAAUACCCAAUGAUGGUGAGCUAGGCGCAAGCCAUGGUAUUUCUGCUCAAACUUUCGUAGAGGAGUGUCGUAAUAGUUUAGAGAAGAGGAAAAGGAGGUGUACACCUGUUAACGUCGAAGACAAAUAUGAAGAAGAUGAAACUCAACAGGAAGACUCUGAUAUGAGCGAUGAACUUGAUGAUGAAGACUAUCAGGAUGAAGACAAGGCCAUGAGCAAUGGCAAGAUAGAGAAUGUAUCGUUAGGAGAGACAGGGAGGCGUCAUAGUGGCGGUAAAAUGAGUGUUGAACGGAUGUUAUGUUAG